AUGAAACCAAAAAAUGUUAUUGUUAUUACUGAUAUUCCUAAUGUACCUCCAAAAACAUUUGAAUAUCAAAUCAAUCCAGUUUUAAUACUUAGUGAACUUAUUUUUGAUAUUUGUACUAAAAUUGAUUUAAAAGAUUCAGACAAUUAUUCAAUUUUUAUGAAUGGAUUACCUAUUACACCAACUACACUUCAAACAAUUCCAGAGAAAUCAACAAUUUCACUUUCACUUGCAUUAGAUUUUGCAGCACGUCAAGCGUUUGAUCAAUUACAAAAAGCACCAAAUGCAGAAGUAGUAAAAAGAGUAUUUUUUUUUAUGAGACAAAAAAUAACACUAACAAUGUUUGUAAGUGAAUUUACACGAUUAGGAGGUAUCGGAUUAGUUUUAGAAAAAAUAAUGAAAUAUGAAGGAAAUGUACAAAGUUAUGGAUUAACAAUAUUAAGAAGUGCAAUGAGUUUUGAUAGUGGAAUGAAUGAAGUAGUAAAGAAUGAAAAAAUUAUACGAUUUUUAUUUUCAAUGAUUGAUGAAGGAGUAAUUGCAAGUGUUUGUAGACAGUCACUUGAAUUACUUUUUGUUGCUAUUCAUUAUGGAGGAUUUAAUACCAUGUGGAAGAUUGUAAAAGAGAGAGCAAAAGAAAAGGAUGAGUUACCAUUAGCAAAUGUUGUUAGAUUAUUAAAAAGUGGAGAUAUAGAAACUGUAGGAAAUUCACUAACAUUAUUAUAUGGAAUUUUACAUGUUGCACCACAAGAAAAAAAAUAUGGAAUUAGAACUAAAUUAAAAUAUCAAGGAGUUCAUAAAAUAGUAGAAGAACUAAAAUCAGGAGGAAGUAAAAAAGAACUUAAAGAGCAAACAACAUUAUUAGAGAAAUACUUUUAUGGAGAAGAUGUAAGAAAGGAAAAAAAGUCAUUAGUCAAAAUGAUAAAGAAAGAACAAGAUAGAAUGAAAAGAGUUAAAAAUGAAAAUAUUUCUAAAAAAAGAACCAUUGAAAUAAUUAAAAAAGAAAUAGAAACGAUUCAAAUGAAAAUACCAAUUCUUAAAGAUGAAUUAGAACUUAUGAAAAAACAAACAAAUUCAUUAGAAAAAGAAAUAGAACCAUUAAAAGAACAUGUAUUAAGAAAAGAUAUUUUAAAAUUAAUUAAAAAUAUGACAGAUGAUGAAAUUAAAAAAGAGUGGGUUAAAUAUAAAGUGUUAGUUGAAAGUGUUGAAAAAGAAAAAAUUGCUUUAAAUUCUCAAAUUGAAGAAAUUAAAGAAAAACAUUUAAAAAUAACAAAUUCUUCCUUUGGAAAUUCAUCACUUUCUUUAAAUAUAAAUUCACCUAGAGGAAAAGUUAGAAUGACUAAAUUCCUUGAAACAAGAAGAACAGUUAAUAGAAAACCUUCUGAUAAUCAACACUUUAGAAAACCUGAACUUCCUCCACAAAAUAAUAUUAUUAGAAUCCCUUGGAGACGUAUUCUUUUUACUCCAAAUCCAAAAAAACCUACUAUUUGGGAUGAUAUAAAAAUCCUUCAUGUUAGAGAAAAACAAUUACAAACCUCUUUUCUUACUUCAAUUUCUGUUACUAAUAUUUCUUUCAUUUUAGACCAUUCAAAAUUAAUUGCUCUUUCUGUAUUAUUUGCAAAACAACCAAAUGAAUCUAAAUUCUUUGAGGCAUUCACUCAUAUGUAUUCUAAAACAUUUGAUACUAAAACAUUUGAAUUAGUUAAAAAAAUUAUUCCUACUGAAGCAGAAGCAUUUCAAUUAUUCAGUGCAAAAGCAUUAAAUAUACCAGAAACUUUAUUAAAAAGAUUAGCAUUAGCUAAAAAUUUACCUACUAAAAUUGCUGUUUGGUCACAAGUUACUGUUUUAGAAAAAAGAUUAGAUAUAGUUAAUGAAAAAAUAUCUUGUAUUGAAACUGCAAUUAAAGUUCUUAAAAAAAGUUUUGGAUUUAAAGAAGUAUUAACUAUCAUUACUUCUUAUAAUCCUCAACUCAAUUUAUUUGAUAGUAAUAAAGGAUUCGAUCUAACUUGUCUUUUAAAAUUAAAAGAUCUUAAAACUAAUACUAAUGAAACACUAUUAGAUUGUAUCAUUUCAAAUCUUUCUAAUGUUAAGAUUUUAUUACGUGAAUUUAAUGAAUGUAAACCAGCAAUCCUUGUUGAAUUAAAAGAACAACUUGAUUCGGUUCAUUCUUUAAUUGAUGAGUUAAAUAAUUUAAAAGACAUAAUGAAAGAAUUAGCUGAAGACGAUUUAAAUAUUGCCGCUAGUGAAGUUGGUAGAGUUAAGAAUAAAGCAUUAGAAAUUUUAGAAAUUGGAGAAAGAACUCAAUCAUCAUUUUAUUCUUUAGUUGCAUGGUGUAUGGGAACUACUGAACAUCUCGAUUAUUUUGAUACAAAAAUUUUCUUUGGUUUAAUUUCUACAUUCCAUGCACAUUUAUUAAUGAGUAAAGCAUUAAUAAAAAUAAAUGCAUAUGAACAAAUGAAAAGAAUGAGAAUGACAAGAGGUAAUUGUUUAUCAGAAAAUGAAACUAAUUUAAUGGUUGAAAUUAUUGAUAAAAUUCGUUCUGGUGAAAUUGGAAGACAAAUGCUUAGGAAAACAACUUCUAAUUAA